AUGACCUUCACAGAUGAUAGCAAUGCGGAGGGUGGUGAAAGCAGCUGGAUCGUGGGCCCCGAGCUUCUGUCCUUGCACUUCCGGCAGCCGCUUGUGCGCUGCGGCAGGUUCCUGCGGGCGCCAGGCGCCACAAUGCACAGGCGGGGAACUCCUGCAACCAGCGCGACGAAGCUAGAGCCCGGGGAGGUCACAGCGUGGCAGCUGAAACAAGAGCUCGCCGAUCUCCAGAGGCGGAGUGAGGUCAUCCUUGCUCGGUCAGGCUUGGGAACUCCAGAGUUUGAGGCGGAGGCAGAGCGCAUCCGUGCAGAGUCCACCAAAGCCGACCUGUGGGAUGACCCGGGCACCGCGUGGGGUGCCUGGAAAUUAGGGUUAGGGCUUGGAGUUUAG